GUACGGAGGGACGGGUGCGCACACGCCUCGGUACUACGAGGCACUUGAGCUGAAGCCAGCCUUUCCCGUCUCCGGCUCCGGUGCGACUGCGCCGUGAAGCCGCUGGCGGCGAUUGGCCCAGGGGGUGAGAGGGGGCGGGAGGUAAAGAGAGGGAAGUCCACCGUCCACGGCGCGCGCCCACCCGCCCGCGGCAGGGGAACCAAGGGGGCUGGAGAGGAAGCAGCUCCCUGUUGUGUUGUUUUGGGCUCCGAGGGCCGAAAGGGGGAGGGAGGAAGGGCGAGAAACAAACACUACGUAGCGGAGGCUGCGUGCGGCCUUCUGCCUGCGUGCCUACGUGCGUGCGCUCGCUCGCGCGGGCUCAGUGCUGGCGCGUGAGGCGGAGGCGGGCGGCGGCGGCGCCUGCGCGGUCGGGCUCGGUCGACGGCUCUCAGGGGAGGAGGCGGCGGGAGGCGGAGGAGGCGGCGGCGGCGAUGGAGGUGAAGCGGCUGAAAGUGACCGAGCUGCGGUCGGAGCUGCAGCGGCGCGGCCUGGACUCGCGCGGCCUCAAGGUGGAUCUGGCGCAGCGGCUGCAGGAGGCGCUGGACGCCGAGAUGCUCGAGGACGAGGCCGGCGGUGGCGGGGCCGGGCCCGGCGGGGCCUGCAAGGCGGAGCCUCGGCCUGUGGCCGCGUCGGGCGGCGGCCCGGGCGGGGACGAGGAGGAGGACGAAGAGGAGGAGGAGGAGGACGAGGAGGCGCUGCUUGAGGACGAAGACGAAGAGCCACCCCCUGCCGAGGCCUCGGGCCAGGCCGCACAGCCGCCGCCGGAGCCCCCGGAGGCGGCAGCCGUGGAGGCCGCGGCCGAGCCCGAUGCUUCCGAGAAACCAGUGGAGGAGGCCACAGCCGAGUCAGGUGGGGUGAACGGUGGCGAAGAGCAGGGCACCGACAAGGGGGAGGAAGAUGAGCCGGAGGAUCGGAGCGGAGACGAGACGCCGGGAUCCGAGGCGCCGGGUGACAAGGCCGCAGAGGAACAGGGAGAUGACCAAGAUAGUGAAAAGUCAAAACCGGCAGGCUCAGAUGGUGAGCGGCGGGGGGUAAAGAGACAGCGGGAUGAGAAGGAUGAACAUGGCCGAGCUUACUAUGAAUUCCGAGAGGAGGCUUACCACAGCCGUUCAAAGUCUCCACCACCCCCGGAAGAAGAGGCAAAAGAUGAGGAAGAGGAUCAGACUCUUGUGAACCUGGACACGUAUACCUCGGAUCUCCAUUUUCAAGUGAGCAAAGACCGCUAUGGAGGGCAGCCGCUUUUCUCAGAGAAGUUCCCCACCCUUUGGUCCGGGGCAAGAAGUACUUAUGGAGUGACAAAGGGGAAAGUCUGCUUUGAGGCCAAGGUAACCCAGAAUCUCCCAAUGAAAGAAGGCUGCACAGAGGUUUCUCUCCUUCGAGUUGGAUGGUCUGUUGAUUUUUCCCAUCCACAGCUUGGUGAGGAUGAAUUCUCGUAUGGUUUCGAUGGACGAGGACUCAAGGCAGAGAAUGGGCAGUUUGAGGAAUUUGGCCAGACUUUUGGGGAGAGUGAUGUCAUUGGCUGCUUUGCUAAUUUUGAGGCUGAAGAAGUAGAACUUUCCUUUUCCAAGAAUGGAGAAGACCUUGGCGUGGCAUUCCGUAUCAACAAGGAAUCCCUGGCUGACCGGGCCCUCCUACCCCAUGUCCUCUGCAAAAAUUGUGUUGUAGAAUUAAAUUUUGGUCAGAAGGAGGAGCCCUUCUUCCCACCGCCAGAAGAGUUUGUGUUCAUCCAUGCCGUGCCUGUGGAGGAGCGCGUGCGCACUGCGGUCCCUCCCAAGACCAUAGAGGAGUGUGAGGUGAUUCUGAUGGUGGGACUGCCUGGAUCUGGAAAGACCCAGUGGGCACUGAAAUACGCAAAAGAAAACCCUGAGAAAAGAUACAAUGUCCUGGGAGCUGAGACUGUGCUCAAUCAAAUGAGGAUGAAGGGGCUCGAGGAGCCACAGAUGGACCCCAAAAGCCGAGACCUUUUAGUUCAGCAAGCCUCCCAGUGCCUUAGUAAGCUGGUCCAGAUUGCUUCCCGGACAAAGAGGAACUUCAUUCUUGAUCAGUGUAACGUGUACAACUCUGGCCAACGGCGGAAGCUAUUGCUGUUUAAGACUUUCUCUCGGAAAGUGGUGGUGGUCGUCCCUAAUGAGGAGGACUGGAAGAAGAGGCUGGAGCUAAGGAAGGAAGUGGAGGGAGAUGAUGUGCCUGAGUCUAUAAUGCUGGAGAUGAAAGCCAACUUCUCUCUGCCUGAAAAAUGCGACUAUAUGGAUGAGGUGACAUACGGGGAGCUGGAGAAGGAGGAAGCUCAGCCCAUUGUCACUAAGUACAGGGAGGAGGCAAGGAAGCUGCUGCCGCCCUCCGAGAAGCGGACAAACCGCCGAAACAAUCGAAACAAGCGAAACCGGCAGAACCGAAGCAGAGGCCAAGGCUACGUGGGCGGGCAGCGCCGAGGCUACGACAACCGGGCCUACGGGCAGCAGUACUGGGGGCAGUCUGGAAACAGAGGGGGUUACCGUAACUUCUACGAUCGAUACAGGGGAGACUACGAUCGGUUCUAUGGGCGAGAUUAUGAGUACAACAGAUACAGAGACUAUUACAGACAAUACAGUCGGGAUUGGCAGAAUUACUACUACCACCAUCCCCAGGACAGAGACCGAUACUACAGGAACUACUACGGUUACCAAGGGUAUCGGUGAAGCCCCUGCCAUUGUCGCCUGUCAGCCAUGAAGCUGAAUCUCUGGGGGUGCCAAGCACCCCCCAAAACACAACCAAGGAAAACAGGGGCUGCCGGGGUGGGGCUGAGCUGCCGG